UACUAAACGAAGCCACUGACAUACGGGGCCAAGCCUUUCGAUCUGUUUCUUCCACCAGCCGCCGUGCUAGGAGUACUCGAACCCGGGAGGCCGGGAGCCAGAGCCCAGAGCCACCAGCGGCCAGCCCACCACCUACCAGGAAGAGACGGCGCCGCCGGAGAUGGAGAUGGAGACAGAGGCGGCGGCGGCGAGGCAGGCGAAGGAGUCCCUGGAGCUGGCGUUCCAGAUGUCCCAGAUCCUCGACACCGGCCUCGACCGCCACACCCUGUCGCUGCUCAUGGCGCUCUGCGACCGUGGAGCCAACCCCGAGGCCCUGGCCGCCCUCGUCCGCGAGCUCUCCUCCGCUGCUCCUCCAACCGCCGCGGCUUCCUCCCCCGUGAGCAACGGCGCCGCGGGGCUGGCCCCGGCAACUGCGUCGAUGUUCCCCUCCGGCCUUCGCCGUCCCUAGGGUGCUGCUAUAGUCUGGAUGGAACCGACGUAGUUUUUGAAGCAAGUGCAGAUCUCGCUGCUGGAAUGGAAUCGCUGGAUGAAAAGGAUUGCCUUUACAGUUCCAUGUGCGCUGUUGUGGGCUUGUGGCUGUUGUUUCGACAAGAAAACCUGUGGUUGGGUUCAUAGAGCCUACUAGAAAUCCACGUAUCCCUCGCUGGACUUAUGCGGGUUAACAGGAAUGAGGAGUCAUUGUCUCGUUACACCCAUCAUUGGACUGCUUCCAUCAGUUGUAUUGUAUGUAUCAGUUUCAGUGUUUCACGCCCGGUCUUUCGCUAAUUAUCCUCUCUUUGACCAUACUGUACACACCCUUUGCACUGGCAUGUGCUUAUCCUGGGAGGGAACGUGUCAUGUCUACCCAUCGAGCAGUGACAUCUUUAUCUCUA